UUGAAUAACUUCGUGAGGAUGUUUUCAAAAAGUACAGAGUGGCUGGGAUAAACAACCGCUGUGCAGGAGAGCACAGAGCUGCUAGAGCCUUAUCACUGCCAAACACUUUUUGUUUGUGCCUACUUUUCUCCCCCAGCCCCACACCUCCCAAAUCUAGCACUGGCACAGAGGCCGCUUGCUCUAGCGACCUGCUCUGGGGUUUCGCUCACGCACAGGCCCAGGGAGUGGUCUUUGGAAAGUCUCUGGAAACGUGAGACAAGCCCAUGUGCUUUGCCGUUCCCUCUUUUCUACUCCCUGAAAACGUCGCCAUGCGUUUGUAGAAUGCAGUGGCACAAACCUGGGGUUGCAAGCAGGCAGAGUGACUGGGCUUUUCUGAAAUAACAGGAAGAGUAGCUGUCUGCGUAUCUGUUGACGGAGGACCGUUCGGACCUCAAGUGUUUCACCCAACAGCUGGAAGACCUGGCCUGCUUCUGGGAGACAUUUGUACCCCCGAUGGAGCAAAACAACCAGAGCGUGUACAGCUUUGGAUACAAAUAUGAGGACGACGACUCUUUGAAAUUGUGUAACUUGACUGUGGAGUACACACCCCGGAAUACAACGCGAUACACUUGCUUCUUUCCGAGGCAAGAUGUUUCAGCCUUUUCCCCUCUUGAGAUCAAGGUCUUUGAUGGGCGCUCCCCCAAGAGCACUCUGUACAACAGAACGAUCUUUGUGGAAAAACUACUUUUCCUGGACCCCCCCUCUAACCUGGCAGUGCAGCUGUUGGGGCCUCCGGGACAGCUGAAUGUGAGCUGGCAGCCCCCCAUUCAAUACAUGGACAAUAGCAUCCGCUAUGAGAUGGCCAUCUUCCAUAAGGGUAGCAUAGUCCAGCGGGUGGAGAUUUCCAAUGGGCAGACAUAUUACCUUCGGAAUCUCAAAGGAGGAACCCGCUACACGUUGGCUGUGCGGGCCAAGCCAAACGGAGUCAGCUUUGAUGGCUUCUGGAGUGGAUGGUCGCAGACAGCAUCGGCAAUGAUACCCAGUGAACUGGAUCCCCUCAUCCUGACGCUGUCUGUCAUUCUGGCACUGAUCGUUCUGCUGUUGGCUUUCCUCACCCUGAUGUUUAACCGAAGAUUUUUGAAGAAGAAGAUCUGGCCUGCAAUCCCCACCCCAGAGCGUGAAUUCAAGGACCUUUUCACUAUUUACAAGGGGAACUUCCAGCUAUGGCUGGGGCAUCAGAGCACCUAUCUGUGGUGGAGCCAGAACUCUCCUUAUCUGGAGGAGCAGCCGUUUUUGGUGGAAAUCCUGUCUGAAUGUGAUGUCCGCAAGGUGGAUGGCCCUCCCAUUCCUCCGCUCCUUCCCCCCAAGGCACGUGGCGUGGGGGAACCCCCUCGCAACCCAGAAGUCUCCCAAGAUGAUUACCUGAUACUGGAUGAAGACUUGGUGCCGUGCUGCUUAGGAGGGGAUGCUUCCCUGCUCUUGCUGGCCAGCAACAGCAGCGAGGGCACAGAUCCGGCCCUCGACGCAGGAGUAGGGACGCCAGACAACAGCCAGGCCUCUUCUAGCUUCGAGUACACUGUGUUUGACCCCAGCUCAAAGAGUCUGUCCCCGCAACAUUGCCACAUUGAGCCUCAGCUCAAGAGCAGUUACCAGAUGGUGUCUGACUCUGGGAUCUCUGCCGACUAUAGCCUGGUGGAGUCCAACGCUGGCCAGAUGAGCUUAUACACCAACCUCUGUGAUGGAGGGCCACAGCCGUUCCUGCCCACCUACAUUGUGUGCUCGUAGCAGCAGUGAUCAGCAGGAGAACUGAGGCAGCGAGAUGCUAUCCCAGGAGCCUGGCACCUCCCACUUCCUUCCUGGUUCUAGCAAAAUGCCAGGGGAAGCCAGUGGACACAUCUAUGGGGCCUCCAAAGCUCCAGUUGGGCCCAAGUCGCUCUUGUAGGAGGAAGAGAGGUUUGCAAAAUGCACGGAAAGGUGAUGAAGGACGUAAGAAGGACUCUGCUGGAUCAGGCCUAUCUAGUCGAGCAUCCUGUUCUCACAGUGGCCAGCUGGAUGCCUCAACGGGAAACCAUUGAGCAGAACAUGAAGCAGAAAAUGAGCACCACAGCACUCUCCCAUCGCCUGGUUUCCAGCAACUGGUGUUCAGAAGCACUUCUACCUCCCAGCUGUGGAGGUAGCGCAUAGCCAUCCCGGCUAAUAUCCCUUGAUAGCCCUCUCCUCCAUGAAUUCGCCGGAUCCCUUUUUUAAAAAGCCGUCCUAUUUUGAAUGGGGAAGGGGCAGGAGGCCCAUGAAAGAGACCUGUUGCCCCCACAACAAUACUUUGAAGCAGUCCUUUCUGACAUUAAAUGUGCUGUGGCAUCUUUCUUUCAUUUGUAUUCACCCCAGGCAAGUGUGUUCUACAAGGCUGCGGAUCGGGGACUUGACCAAAAGCACACCUAGAGUUCUGGUGUGGCACAGCAGGUUUGCAAGUAGCAGCACAGGCUUAAGGCUUGAGGUGUUUAUAGACUGAGGUGUGGACUAUUGUGGGCACUCGCUUGCUAGCCAGGUAGCUAACUUUCUCCCACUCCACACUCUUCUGAUGAAACUCCUUCCCCUCUGACCCUGCUCUGUCCUUUUAACUACCAAGCUUUUCGGCCAGAGAUAUUUGCCCAUUAUACUAUGUGCCCAAUUAUUGCAAAAAUAUUUAUGUCCAAAUGUCAGCGUUGGGACUGAUGUCUUUUGGGAGUUGAGGGGGUACGACAUGGAAGAGUGUGUGGAAUGAAGGAGUCUCAUUUCUGCUACAAUGCACUGUGUGGUCUUUGCUUACCUUCCUGUAAAAUGGGCAUGGCUUCCCCCCCCCCCGGCUGGAGCUCAGUUCUGGCACCUCUCAGGUGGGUGCCAUUGCCAUUAUAAGAGAACGAGGGAGGUGUUCCCAGUGAGUCCCUGCACCUCUUUUUCUAGAAAAAUAACACUGAAAAUGGGGAUUGACAAGACUAGGCAAACAAAAUACCAAUUGAAAUGUUAAAAGGGGCUGUCUUUCCAUUUUGGCUUGAAUAAGCACAGUAACCCAAAAACUCAAAGAGAAUUGCAUGGCUGUUCUGCCAGCUGUUUACUGCCAUAGGGUUUGCAUGUGGGGCACAGAAAGGUGUGGGGAUUGUACAUGCCCUGUUUAGAAUACUACUGUUAUUUUCCCACUCAAGAGACAUCUUGCGGUGUUUAUGUACUCUGGUAACGGGUUUCCUUGUGUCUGAACUAUCUUUCGAAGGCACAGAUCAGCCUCAGUUGCUGGUGCUGCAAGGACUGUAAAAUAUCUGAACUCUCACAGGUAUGGCCACAAAGAUUUUGUAAUUAUCCUCUUGAAUUUGUGUAUCAAAACAGAAACUGGAUAUAUUUUUA